UGUAGAAUGAAAGUAAAAGAAACGGUUUUUUUCUGAUGCUUCUUUCCCUUUCAUUUUGGUUCAUCAUUGCCUACAAUGAAAGGGAUUCAGAUGAAGCGAAACAGGAGAAAUGAGUUGGGUGAGUCGGCCAGAAGCAGCCAGAUAGUUUCCUCAUGCUAUUCUGCUUCAUCGAUCCUACCUACGUAUGUUCGCUUGAGAAUUACACCAUCUCCUACAUUUUUCUUUUGUAAAAGGAUUGACUUGUCGAUUUCCCAGAAAGAACAUGCAGCAUAGUGAUAAAGUUCGCUCAUGCCAAUAGCAUGGCGCUGGAUCGAUAAUCGGCUCCUUUCCUGUACAGGAGGUAACAGAUACCCUGUUUGUUGAUGUACGGAACCGAAACAAAAAAUAAUAAUAAAAAAAAAAGACCUGUUGGUUGUUCUCCCUAGGCAUAUGUGCUUGAAGGAGGAGUAAACUCUUGAUAUUGAGCGUCUAGUCGUAAGUCUGGUCUUGACCCAGUUUUACUGUGAGAAAAAGACAUACUGUCUCGUUGUUCAUUUUGGGAGGCAUCUAACGGAACGAAGCUCACAAGCAAAAUGGCGUUCUCAUUUUUUCUUUAGUAAAAGUCAAAAUCACGUGGAUCGCCUGUCGUGACGUUGCAGUUGAAAACCCCAUUAUUUAUCUUGAAGAUAACAAUUUUCGUGUCUGCACCUCUACCCUUUCCUUUCGGGCGAGAACUCGGUCGUGCAGAAGACAACUUGAUUAUAUCAUGUCGUCGCAGCAAGAAGUCUUUCCCGUCCCGGCUCAACGAAACGUACAAUUUCUCUAAUCACCUUUAAUCAUCGGGCUGCCAACCGCUAGCAAGACCUCAUUUUUUUUUUGUGUCGUUGUUUAAUGGGAACCGGAAGUUUCCCAACCGAAUUUCUCGAUUCCUAUGUGUUUUGCAGCUGAUACAGCGAAAAGAUGGCGGGGGUGGUAGACAAAGAGAAAAGGUUUCUACUACCAUAAAAAAAGGGAAACAUUUUACCAAUAGACAAAAGGCUAAGCUGUGUUGAAUACGACAGCGAAGGCAAACGCAGAACUUACAACCCUUACCGACAAAGGUCAUUAGUUGCUUGCAAAAGGCGGCUGUUUUGUUUAUGUUGUUCGUCCCCACAACAAGCUCCACCUAUAACAACAGUGGCACUGUGUUCCUUCGAUUCCUGGCUGCACGAACGGCGGGACCGGCGAGUCUGCGGACUACGAACUUCCCCUGGUAUAGUCCCUCUACUGCGCGCAGCUCUCUUCAACAUCUCCGUGCGAUUUUUGUUGACACACGGGAAGAAAGCCAUACUCACCGUAGAGAAUCAGUGACAUUGGCGUGUAGAGCACGUUCACGUCGAGAAUCCCACAGGCGUCGACGCUUUUGUGCAAAUUAGUUGGCAGUAGGACCAAGUCUUUGGUUGAGAGCCUCAACAAUUUGACAAAAUUUCCGUAUUCAAAAUAGCAGUUUUCUACGUACUCAGGCUGCGCCAUAUUUAUUCCCAUUUUGAGGAAGAAAAGUUCCGGGAUCGAUCCAGCGGGCUUCCCAUCCCUUGAGAAAAGGAAACCCUUCGUCCCUACCGAGUACUACAUCCAUCGCCACCCACACCGGCGGGCGGAAAUAGAAGGAAAAAAAGGGCAGUGGGCGUUUCAAAAGUCAGCCAGGCACGGAGCAGUUGCCAAAAAAAAAAAAAAAAAAGUGAAUAGCAUGAGUACCGGCAAUAUAGACCAUUGCGCCCCUAUUCCAGUCUACGGAAGUUGAGAAUGGCAUCAGACAAAGAAUUGAACAACUAGUCUCGGGCAAGUGUAACAGCACUCGACUGGCUGCUGCCUUCUCUUCCAGAAUUCUUCGAGCUAAAAGAUUUUCAACUUGAAGAGAUUCUGCAGUCAGCACUUGGAAACCUACCGCCGGAUAUCCAUUGUCUGUGCGGGAUAACGAGAGGAGUCAAUUCAACGGGAAUAACAAAUCGAGGAGUGUAUGUGUGCCAGUGUGUGUGAAUAGACACAUCGACAUAAAGUUAAGGUGUAAAGAGCUGAGUGAGCGAUUACGUCCUCUUCAGUAGGAAAGAAAAAAAGACAAGUUAUAAAUAGGUUCAAUAACUAGUCCAGUUACAAUGAGUGUGCGACGUGUCAAAGGUUCUUAUCGCAAUUCGCUGAGGCGUUUCGGAAGUGGCGAUCCCAACAAAGCCGUCCGCAACAGUGCCUGGAUCUUCCGUAACGGAGAAUGGCGGCUUAUCUUCGAUGACGGUGAAGAAGCGUGUCUUCUCUACGCGAAACAUGAGAGGUUGCCGCUCAAGGACUUUGGCGCCGAGGUGAGACCGGCUGUGGACAUUACCCAGUUUCUUCAGCAGAGCGUCUUACUACUCGAUGUCACCGAGAACUCACCCUCCGAUUUGGUGGACCUCUUACUCAGCAGGAUGGUCCCGUCCGUCGCCGAGGAGGCUAAAAUGAUUCUCUUCACUCACGAUACAGUUCCCAUGUUGGCGAGGACGAUCCAGGCGACGUGCACUACGGGCGACAGUGGCACAUUUGACUACGAUCAAUCGUGGAUCUGUGCACUGUGCAAUCUACCGACAUUGACAAGACGCCACGUCGGCAUCGUCCGCCUCAAGCAUCCGGCCAAUAUGGGACACACCUGCCACGAAGUUCGACUCUUCGUCUUGGUCCUCUGUCCUAGUAAAGAGAAAGGGACGAAGAACGCGUUGGAGACGGGCCGAACAUUUGCCACACUUUUAGCGGACAUGGACCUUCGUCAGCGAUUGUUAGAGGCCCGCACCGAAGAUGAAUUCAAACGGAUUUUGUUGAAACAUACGCAAGAGCUGGCCGAAGAGCAGGCCAUCUCCAUCCGAGUGGAUCAUGGCAGCGCAGCGAGACUCUCCACCGGCGGAGAGAGCAGUGAGGGUGAAAGAUUAUGUAGAUUCGGGCAGGGAAUCAGAGAGGAUCUGGCACGACGUUUGCCCCACUACGUCUCUGAUUACAAAGAUGGCCUAACGGGUGUGAAGACACCCCAAAAGGUCCUAUCUACUACGCUCUUCCUCUAUUUUGCCUGCAUUCUUCCGGCCAUCGCUUUCGGCGUUUUAAACGAUCACAACACUCACGGCAAAAUUGACGUCAAGAAAGUCAUCAUCGGUCAAACGAUUGGCGGCUUAUUCUUCUUCGUCUUUGGUGGUCAGCCUCUGCUGAUCCUACUCACCACUGCGCCACUCUCGCUCUACAUCAAAGUGAUCUAUAGCAUUUGCGAAGAUUUCCAGCUGGAUUUCUACGCCAUGUACGGAUGCGUAGGUCUCUGGUCGUCGUUCUUCCUCGUCCUCUAUUCGCUGUUUGACGUCUCACGCCUCAUGCGAUGGUCAACUCGAUCCACCGAGGAGAUUUUUGCCCUUUUUAUCUCCAUCGCUUUCUGCGUCGAUGCCUUCCGCGACACCGUCAAAAAUUUCCAGGAGAAUUAUUACGCACCGGCGUGUAAAGGCGAUUCGUUACCGGGCAACCUCAGCAGUAAAACUCGCGUUGACACGCCCACUAAUGCCAAUAAUACCGUGGUAGCUUACCUACUUAGCCAAGGCAACGCUUCGGCUGCUGAAAUGACGGAAUGCAACCGGGCCAGCUCCCUCUUAUUCCUUCUGCUCAUGUUUGGCACUGUAUGGAUCGGUGUCUCCCUUUACAACUUCAACAAAACACCGUACCUGCAGGCUGGAAAACGAGAAGCUUUAGCUGAUUAUUCGCUGCCAGUAGCUGUCAUCACGCUGAGCUUUGUCGGCUCUUACCUCUUUCAAGACGUGACGGUAGAGCGGUUCCGAUACGACGAUAAAAACGUUUUCAUGGUGGCACCACUCGAGCGACUCUCUUGGUUGGCUGUGCUGGCAGCAAUGGGAAUGGGAUUCUCCCUGUCGCUGCUCUUCUUUAUGGAUCAGAAUAUCACGUCGGCGAUGGUCAACAAUCCAUGCAACAAGCUGAAAAAAGGUCCUGCGUACCACUGGGAUCUGUUUGUGGUGGCAUUGGUGACGGCUUUUCUUUCCGUCUUUGGAUUGCCGUGGAUGCAUGCGACGCUGCCGCAUUCGCCGCUUCAUGUCCGUGGCCUGGCUGACGUCGAGGAGAGGGUCGACCAAGGACACGUCUACGAAAUUAUUGUCAAAGUACGCGAAACGAGAUUGACGGGCAUGAUCUCGCACUUCUUCAUCGGCCUGUCGCUCUUUUUGCUACCCUAUCCGUUAGCCUACAUUCCCACGGCUGUGCUCGAUGGCCUCUUCCUCUACAUGGCUGUCACAGCUCUCAACGGCAAUCAGAUGUUUGAGCGUAUCACUCUCCUUUUUAUGGAGCAGGCCGCAUAUCCACCGAAUCACUACAUUCGACGAGUUCCGCAGCGGAAAAUCCAUCAGUUUACUGGAUGUCAAGUGACACAGUUGCUAGUCAUGUGCCUCUUUGGCUUCGCUCCUUGGGCUUACAUGAAGAUGGUCUUCCCACUCAUCAUCCUCUUCCUUCUGCCCGUACGGCACCGACUCGUCCCACAGCUCAUUGAAGGUCGCUUCCUGGAAGCCCUUGAUGGAGAACACCAGUAAAUGACAUGAUAGAGGCGAAACGGUUUCGUUCUUUCUCUUUCUCUCUUUUUCUCUUUAUGAAAAUGUUAGAAUCCAAACUAGUUUGUUAUCUCGAUAAAUUUCAUUCACUCCUUUCCUACACAAUUUUACUUGAUUAAAUUUAACGAAUACGAUUCAAUCUCAUUUCGACAGUAAUUCUUUUGUUACACCAAUAAGAUAUUUAGAAUGGUUUUUAUACAACCGUAUUAGUCGAGCAAUUAAAAUGAAAUACUUAACUUAAUGAUCGAUUUCUUGUGCAAUAAGAAGAAGUGCAUUUAGUCGCUCCGAUGUGGUGAAAAGCAUCCGACCCUCCUCUAGCUCUUUUCUUUUUCUCUUUUUGUUUUCCUGUCUCAAACACUCGUUAUUAUUAAACCGUCAUUAUGCGGAUAUUGCUGGUUAAAAAUUAUUUAAGGCUAGCAUCGCUAAGUUGAAUGAGGAUGAGUGUGCAAUACGCAACUAUUAAAUCUGUUUUAAUUUUCUCCAAUUCUAUUAAAUCGUUUUAUGCGUCCAUGUAGUCAAUGUUUGUUAAACACGUUCGUCAAAGCGGCCGUAUAUAUGUAAAUAACGAACAUACUGUAUACAUUUAACCACCAAUAGUAUUCAUUGUAGACCGAUUCCCAAUUCGUUUCACUCAUUUUACGAUAAUUAUGAUAUUAAAAUUUGCUCUGAAAGUGAUUUUUAAAGUUUGUCAUGUCGAGUGCGGGUUACUUGCGGAAUGAAUUAUUACAAACAGAGCUUGUUAUCGCUUUGAA